AUGAAUUUGUUUCGCACUGCUGCUCGUCGAUACUCUACAAUGAAUGUCUCCAAGUUAUCAACAGAAUGCUCGCCUUUCACUCAGGCUGUGGUGACCUCCAUGAGGAAGCUAUAUCCAGAGGCAUUGGCAGAUAAGAGCUUUGACAACACAGGACUACUCCUCGAGGCUCCUUUGGACCCGUCCCGGCGACAAAAGAACUCAGUCCUCCUAGCCAUUGACCUCACCAAAGCCGUCGCAGACGAAGCAAUUAAAAACCGCAACUCAGUUGUCGUCGCCUAUCACCCAAUUAUCUUCCGCGGCCUCAAAUCCAUCACCUUCGCCGACUCCCAGCAGAAGACCCUCCUCCGCCUCGCACAGCAUGGAAUCAGCGUGUAUUCCCCGCACACAGCCGUCGACACAGUCCCCGGCGGUAUGGCCGACUGGCUUUGCGACGUAGUGACAGGCAAUUUCAACGCCCAGCCCUCCAAACCAAUCACCAGCCAAUGCCAGUCAAGCAUGUACACAGCCCCAAGCUAUCCAGAAUCGCCCAUCCCCGCCAUAAACAGCAACCCCCAACACCCACCCCACAGCAGAAGCACCAUCCAUCCCUCGCCAGCAGCCUCGAUCCCCGAAGGCUUCGAGUCAGCCGGUGCCGGCCGUCUAGUCACUUUCGAAACCCCGCAGUCGCUGACAACUCUGAUUGACAACGUUGCUCGCGGCAUCGGAAUGCCUGGUGGAAUCCCCAUCGCCAUUCCGCAAGGCAGCUCGGUUGACCAGAUCCGCAUUCGCACAGUAGGCAUGUGUCCUGGUUCUGGGUCUGGUGUGCUCAUGCGCGGUGGCGAUAUCCCCGAUCUCCUUCUGACCGGUGAGAUGAGCCACCAUGAAGCUCUUGCUGCAACGGAGCGAGGCUCGGUCGUCAUCUCUCUUUCUCACACUAAUUCUGAGCGUGGAUACUUGCGCUCUGUUAUGCAGCCUAAGUUGUUGGAAGAGGUUGUGCAGUGCUGGAAUGCUUUGCACAGCGAGGCUGUGAAGGAUGGAAGUGCUUCUUCUGAGACUGAGUUGUUGAAGACGCAUCAUGCUGAGGGUGAGGUGCAGGUCUCUGUUAGCCAGGCUGAUCGUGAUCCUUAUGGUAUCAUGAUCUGGCGUGGUGACUAG